GAAAGAUGUAUGAGUUCCAUGCAAGCUGGGACCCAAAUGAUCAAACUCCGUGGCAGUUCCAAAGGGUUGGUCCGCUUCUAUUACUUGGAUGAGCACAAGUCAUGUAUCCGCUGGAGACCCUCUCGAAAGAAUGAGAAAGCCAAAAUUUCUAUCGACUCUCUUCAGGAGGUUUGCGAGGGGAAGCAAUCAGAGAUCUUUCAGCGCUAUGCCGAUGGCAGUUUCGAUCCCAACUGCUGCUUCAGCAUCUACUAUGGAGACCAUAUGGAAUCUCUUGACCUGGUGUCUUCCAGUGGAGAGGAAGCACGCACCUGGAUCACAGGGCUAAAAUAUCUGAUGGCAGGGAUCAGUGAUGAAGACAGCCUCUCAAAACGCCAAAGGACCAGAGACCAGUGGUUGAAGCAGACAUUUGAUGAGGCAGAUAAAAAUGGUGAUGGCAGUCUGAGUAUUAGUGAAGUGCUCCAGCUAAUGCACAAACUGAAUGUGAACCUACCCCGACAAAAAGUCAAGCAAAUGUUUAAGGAGGCUGAUACGGAUGAUAACCAGGGCACGCUGGGCUUUGAUGAGUUCUGCGCUUUCUAUAAGAUGAUGUCAACACGACGCGAUUUGUACCUGCUAAUGCUCACCUACAGCAACCACAAGGACUACCUAGAUACGGAUGACCUGAGGCGCUUUCUGGAGAUUGAACAGAAGAUGACGAAUGUGACUAAAGAACACUGCCUGGAAAUCAUCAGCAAGUUUGAGCCAUGCCUGGAGAACAAGAAGGAAGGAGCUCUGGGGAUUGAUGGUUUCACCAAUUACAUGCGGAGUCCAUCAGGGGACAUAUUCAACCCAGAACACUACCAAGUGAAUCAGGACAUGACUUACCCUUUGAGUCACUAUUUCAUUACCUCUUCACAUAAUACCUACCUCAUGGGAGAUCAGCUGAUGUCCCAGUCUAGGGUGGACAUGUAUGCAUGGGUGCUACAAUCUGGCUGUCGUUGCGUAGAAGUUGACUGCUGGGAUGGGCCGGACGGUGAACCAAUUGUCCACCAUGGAUACACUUUGACUUCCAAAAUUCUCUUCAAAGAUGUGAUUGAAACUAUCAACAAAUAUGCCUUUAUCAAGAAUGAGUACCCUGUUAUCUUGUCAAUUGAGAACCAUUGCAGUGUCAUUCAGCAGAAGAAGAUGGCUCAGUAUCUUAUAGAAAUUCUGGGAGACAAACUGGAUCUGUCUUCUGUGCACAGUGAUGAUUGUACCACGCUCCCUUCACCAGCAAGUCUUAAAGGAAAGAUACUGGUUAAGGGGAAGAAACUUCCAGCCAGCAUCAGUGAUGAUGCAGAGGAAGGUGAAGUUUCUGAUGAGGACAGUGCUGAUGAGAUUGAUGAUGACUGUAAACUAAUGAAUGGAGAUGCAUCUACUAAUAGGAAAAGAGUAGAGAAUAUAGCAAAGAAAAAACUUGACUCACUGAUAAAAGAAUCCAAAAUCCGUGACUGUGAAGAUCCGAACAAUUUUACAGUUACCACUCUACCAUCAACAGGAAAGGCUGGUCUCAAAUCAGAUAGCAAGAAGAAUAAACUUGAGGAUGAUAUGGAAUCUGAGGAAGACUUCAGUACCCAUAAAAGGUACAGCCGGUCAUUGAUGGGCAGCUUUUCUAAACGCAAGAAAAAAGGAAGCAAAUUGAAAAAGGCAACAAGUCUGGAAGAAGGUGAAGAUGAUUUGGAUUCUCAAGGAAAUUUAGCCAGGAGCUCUGUACAUUACAGCAGGAUAAACCGACAGAAGAAAACAAUGAAGCUGUCCAGGGCACUCUCUGACCUGGUGAAAUACACAAAGUCUGUUGGCAUCCAUGAUGUUGAAACUGAAAUCUCUUCCAGCUGGCAGGUUUCAUCUUUCAGUGAAACAAAAGCCCACCAGAUACUGCAGCAAAAGCCAGCACAGUAUCUACGUUUCAACCAGCAUCAGUUGUCCCGCAUCUACCCGUCGUCUUAUCGCGUGGACUCUAGCAACUACAAUCCUCAGCCAUUCUGGAAUGCUGGCUGCCAACUUGUUGCACUAAACUAUCAGUCAGAGGGGAGAAUGCUGCAACUGAACCGGGCCAAAUUUAGUGCCAAUGGGAAUUGUGGCUAUGUCCUCAAACCGAACUGCAUGUGUCAAGGUGUCUUUAAUCCAAAUUCUGAAGACCCACUGCCUGGUCAAUUGAAGAAACAGCUGAUUCUAAGAAUUAUCAGUGGCCAACAACUCCCAAAACCACGUGAUUCCAUGUUGGGAGACAGAGGAGAGAUCAUAGAUCCGUUUGUUGAAGUAGAAGUUAUAGGCUUACCUGUUGAUUGCUUCAAAGAACAAACUAGAGUAGUUGAUGAUAAUGGUUUUAACCCAAUGUGGGAGGAAACAUUGGUGUUCACAGUACACAUGCCAGAGAUUGCACUGGUUCGGUUCCUUGUGUGGGAUCACGAUCCAAUUGGGCGUGAUUUUAUUGGACAGAGAACAAUAGCUUUCAGCAGUAUGAUGCCAGGUUACCGACAUGUGUACCUGGAAGGUAUAGAAGAGGCAUCCAUCUUUGUUCAUGUGGCUGUUAAUGACAUCUGUGGUAAG